CGUCGUGUAGCGCGAUCCUGUUUUUAACAUGUUUAUAUACAUUAAUUAAAUAUAUUUAAACUACGUACACUAAAAUAACUAGACACGAAUUUUCGCGGGAUUUUUCGCAACGAUUCGUGAGUCAUGAACAUAUCAUGAAUAGUUUUAUUUCGAUAUAUAUUUCGAUCUAUCGAUAUUACAACCGCCGUAGUUCACUCGUAACAUGUUCACAGUGUUCCGUAUCAAUACAGAUACGCAUAAUCAUAUUUUGUAUUUUGGAAAAGUCGAGCAAAAUGUCGAGAAAACGUAAAUUAUCAACUAUAAAAGAAAGAUGUCGUAUUUGCCUCAUUGACCAUGGAUGUAUGAAAAAUUUAUUCGAUGAAGUUCUACAAUCAAAACUAAAUGAUCUGAGUAAAUGUACUUCUAUCAAUAUUAAGGAAGAACAUGGAAUGCCAGGUAUUAUUUGUCAUAUAUGCCUCUACAAAUUGGAAAUGUGGAAUGAGUUUAAGGAACAGUUUAUACGAUCAAAUCAAAUGUUGUUAAGUCAGUUGGAACUCAUAGAAUCUUCUGAUAAUGAUACCAUAAAAUCAUGCAAUAACUUGCAUCAAAGUGGAGAAGACAGUCUCUCUGAUACUUUUGAUAAGAAAAGAACAAAAUUGGAUGUGCCACCAUUAAUACCUUUACAGUUUACGAAUACAGAAAACAUAACAAAUCAAACGAUGCUAAAGGAUAUGUAUAUAUCUGAAGAUGACGUUACAUCUUCGAAAGACUCUUCGCAAAAAGCUCAUGAUGCUUCCAAUGAUGAUAAAUGUAAAAAUGACGAAGAGCAAGAAAAUAAAGGUAAUGUUCAAUUAAAACCAACCUUAGUUCCAAUGAAGAUCAAGCCAUUAAUUGGGAGGCGUAAUAUAACUGAACGAAGGAAAGCAUCGACCAAAAGAUGGGUUGCAAGAAAAAAGGCACUCCUUGCAGCAACAGGAGAAACUGUUUCAGAUACAGAUUCUAUGGCUUCAGACGAUACACAGCUAUCACCAGUACAGAAAGCAAGAGCAAAGACAAAUAUGGAUAAAGAACUUGAAAAGCAAAGAAGAUUGGUCAAAGUGUUAGAGAACUUGCAAAACACUUUGGCAGAUAAAUAUGAACAUGAUAGAAAUGAUUUUGUGAGUUUAGACAGUGAUACGGAUACACAUAAGACAAGAUCUCUUAAAGACAUAAAUUCUGAUGGUUCUUUAACUGGAGGAAAAAAUAUAUCUGCCAAAGAAAGUAUUAAACAAAAUGAAGCAAAGAAAGAUACAUUUUUCGAAGAGAAAGAAAUUCUUCCUAAUUCACAGCCAGAAAAAGUUGUUAAAAAGAAAUCGCAGAAGAAAGAUGAAACGGAAAUAACCGAAGAUACAUUUACACCAUAUUCAGUAAAAUCAGAAUUAGAAAUUGAAGAUGUUACGUAUAUUGUUACAUCUACAUUAAUGCUCGCUGGGCCUCAUUAUUUAAAUAAAGCAAAUUUAAAUACUUUGUCAAAGGAAUCUAAAGAUGGUAGUAUUGAACAAAAUUCUCAAGAGAAAAAUACCGAUAUUAUCGAUGCUGUGCAACUUCGUAGGAUAAAUCCAAUUCCAAUAGAUGUUAAUAAUAAAAAAUGUGUCGAAAGAUGUUUGAAUAUAGAAGUAGAGGGAACAGAGAUAGAAGCAUUAAAACGCAUACAAGUUGAAUUAGCAAGUUUUGUAGAGAAAGAAAUGAAAUACAGAUUAUUUGGAAUGAGUAAUGAUAGUAUAAGAAGAGAUAAGAUAGGAAAUGACUAUAAAACUUCGUAUCAAACUCUAGAUCAACAGUUGAAAACUAUAAUAGAAAAGACUAUAAAGAAAAAUUUCGAAUCGUCUAUGAUAAGAAGUUGUGGCACUGAUCUUAAUUCAUAUUCUCAUCAAUUUGGGACAGUCUCUCCAGCGUUUGUAAAGGAGGCAAUGAAUUCUAAAAAGUACCAACCAAAAGUCAUAUUAAAACGUUUGGACAUUACAAAAGAAAGUAAACUCUACAAUAUUAAUAAUAUGCAUGUUUUAAUUAAGCGUACAGUUAAGAGCAAUCUUGGUGGGCCAUUUAGUAUGGUUUCUCAUAAAAGACAAAGUGUACCACCAAUAAGAUAUAAUGAUUAUAAUACUUCUGCUUUGGAUUCUGACUCAUAUUUAUCAGAUGAAACUUCUGAAACAUUUAAAACUGAUAAUAAUGUACAAAAGUCACAAGAAAAUAAAGAACAAAAUAGUGUCGUAAAACAGAUAGAUGAAUCGAAAGUUGCGGAUUCUAAUAAUACUAAAAAUGAACAUCAAAUAGAAAUUCAAGAAAAUAUUUUUAAAAUUACUUCAUCACAUAGUGAAAAACAUAUAUGUGGUGUAUGUGAUCAAUCAUUUGCUAAUCGUAGUGAUGCUAUUACACAUGUUCGUAUGCAUAAAACAGAAACCACUAUAUUGCGACAUAAUAAGCACAAAAUGAUGCGAUGUAAAAGAUGUCAUGAAAUAGUAGAAGCUAGAUUCGUAAAAGCUCAUGUAUGUAAAUCUACAAAACAAUACAUUCACAAAUGUUAUGUAUGCAAUUCUACAUUUCGAACUGAGAAACUGUUGGUACGCCAUUUAGAAAGUCAUGAUCAGUCUGAAUUUAAUAUAGAAAACAUAACAAAAGGAGAAUCUCAAAAGUUAACAAAUACAAACACAUCACAGAAUUCUAAAGGCACAGUAUACUCAAAGUCAGAUAAACUUUUGAAAGUAGAGAAUAAUCGAAUUAUGAAGUUAGAGAAUUCUAGGACAGGAAUAAGUAUUGAGAAAAUAGGAGCAACCAAAGGAAGGGAAGAUACUGUGUCAGGAGCAGAGAAACUAAAGGAAACGUAUACUUGUUUCGUAUGUGACAAAAUUUUUACAGAUGAGGAAAUAUUAAAAGAUCAUUUACAAAAGCAUUGUGAUGAUAUGAGCGAGGGUGAUCAAAGUCCUGGCAAAGAGCAGUAUCAAUGUGCAAUCUGUGGGGACUCAUUAGAAUCUGAGGAUGCAUUGGAAGCACACGUUGAAAAACAUUUGUUUGAUGAAGAGGAUGAUAAUCCCAAUCUUAUUAGUAUUGGCAGUGAAAAUGAUAAGUCAAAGGAUGAAAUCUAUCAAUGUCUGCAAUGUACAGAAGUGUUUAAUUCAGAGAUGUUACUAGAAAUGCAUAUGCAAGCUCAUGAAGAAGAAGCUGCAAUAGCAGAAUGGGAGAAACAAGGAAUAAAAACUUAUGAAUUUCAGUGUAUGAUUUGUGAUGAACUUUUUGAAACAGAAGAGGAUUUAUCGGAACAUUUAGAUAUACAUAAUGAAACUACGCAUGUUUGUCAAUUAUGUGAUAAACCAUUUUUCAGUCUUGAAGACUUACAGAAACAUGUUGCAACUCAUUAAUUUAAUUACUCCAAUUACUUUAAUUAUUCUUCAUAUAGACUGAGAAUUCCGAUGUUUCUACAUUAAUUACUUACUACAUAUAAUGUAUGCAAUGACUCUUGAACUUUUAAUUUAUAGUGUAAUCAACGAAAUUUUGUUCACUGAUAUAGUAUAUAUAAACAUGUAUAAUAGUAUACAAAUAUAUUGGAACUUAAGGAUAGGUUUCUAAGUGCAUAUUUAUGUUGCUUCCAUUUUGAUACUUAUUGAAUUCUGUUCCACUUCAUCUGUAAGUAAUGUUUAACUUUUUCUGCAUUAAUGGAUCUGCAGAUGUUCAUAUAAUUUAGAAUCAUCGAAAUUAAAUGUAAACAAUAUGGUUAUUUAUAAAUUAAACGUAGGGAUUUUGAUUAUGAUAAUUUAGUGUAUAAUAUUAUUCACAAGCUAUAAAAAAUUCCUUGACUUAUAUGUACAUAUACUACACAAUGAAUAGACGAUAUUUCAUAUGUUAGUGUCGAUAUACAUAUAUAUAUAAUAUCGAUAUAUAUUACACGUAUGUUAUAUAUAUCGCAUAUAAUUUGUUUUUUAACAUAUAACGAAUUAUAAUAUCAAAGCUAAUCCAUAAUACUUAUCAUAGAUUAGAACCAGGAGCGAUUAAAUGAACUUGUGUAAAAAUUGUAAUCUGUUUCGUUCAAUGAAAUUUAAUGUGUAUGAAGUUUAAUGACUAUCCAAAUAUAUGUUUUUACACACCAUAA